AUGGUGCGCAGCAACCCCAACAAGUCCCGUAAGAUCCAAGAGCGAGAGAAGAGUGGGCAGAAGAAAGCUGGGAGCGGCAAUAAGGGCAAGAAUAAGAAGAGCGAGGAUGCGUGGUUGGCGGACGGAGAUGUGGGUUUGCAUCAGAUCAUUGAACAGGUGCAAGAGAACGCGAAAGAAGAUGACAAGGUUGAUCUGGACGAAGAAACUGACGAGAAUGGGGACAUCUUUGACUCUUUCAAGUUUGAUCACAAGGAAGCCAUUGCGGCCAUUGACCUGCUACGCAAGAUCACUCAGACUCGACCGGAUCAGGAUGUUUCAAUGCCACUUGAUGCCAAUCCGAAGAAACUUGGGUUGAAUCUCGUACAGGAGAAGGAAGAGUCCAAGGUUCAAGUGUCGUUGGAUAGCUUUUUUGGUCCCAAGUAG